CCGUUUUCCUCCGACUUCCGGACAUCUCCCUGAGAGUCGCGCAGAGUGGAGUCAGAGGCAACCAGCCCUCGCUCCGGUCUCUGGGGAUCCGGACCGCGGCGGCGGCCCCGCGGACGGGAUGUUCCGGGGCUUGAGCAGUUGGCUGGGCUUGCAGCAGCCGGCGGCAGGCGGUGGGCAGCCCAAUGCAGACGCUCCACCCGAGCAGCCAUCCGAGACGGUGGCUGAGUCCGCGGAGGAGGAGCUGCAGCAAACGGGAGACCAGGAGCUCCUCCACCAGGCCAAAGACUUCGGCAACUAUUUAUUUAACUUUGCAUCUGCUGCCACAAAAAAGAUAACUGAAUCAGUUGCUGAAACAGCACAAACAAUAAAGAAAUCCGUAGAAGAAGGAAAAAUAGAUGGCAUCAUUGACAAGGUACAUUCAAUUAUCUUUUGGAAAUCUGCAGCCUUCACUCUGCCCUCUAGCUGCUCCACGCUGCCCACGUGGGAGAGAUCCUCAGACGAGCUUGCCGUUGUUUUCCCUCAAGUAGAAUUUUUUAAAUCAAAUGCAUAUGUGCAUACAACUCAUAAUAAGAAGUCUGAAGCAGCUGUGCCCCCAUGGGUUGACACUAACGAUGAAGAAACAAUUCAACAACAAAUUUUGGCCUUAUCAGCUGACAAGAGGAAUUUCCUUCGUGACCCUCCGGCCGGCGUGCAAUUUAAUUUCGACUUUGAUCAGAUGUACCCUGUGGCCCUGGUCAUGCUCCAGGAGGAUGAGCUGCUGAGCAAGAUGAGAUUUGCCCUCGUUCCUAAACUUGUGAAGGAAGAAGUGUUCUGGAGGAACUACUUUUACCGCGUCUCCCUGAUUAAGCAGUCAGCCCAGCUCACGGCCCUGGCCGCCCAACAGCAGGCCGCAGGGAAGGAGGAGAAGAGCAAUGGCAGAGAGCAGGAUUUGCCGCUGACAGAGGCAGUACGGCCCAAAACGCCACCCGUUGUAAUCAAAUCUCAGCUUAAAACUCAAGAGGAUGAGGAAGAAAUUUCUACUAGCCCAGGUGUUUCUGAGUUUGUCAGUGAUGCCUUCGAUGCCUGUAACUUAAAUCAGGAAGAUCUAAGGAAAGAAAUGGAGCAACUAGUGCUUGACAAAAAGCAAGAAGAGACAGCUGUACUGGAAGAGGAUUCUGCAGAUUGGGAAAAAGAACUGCAGCAGGAACUUCAAGAAUAUGAAGUGGUGACAGAAUCCGAAAAACGAGAUGAAAACUGGGAUAAGGAAAUAGAGAAAAUGCUUCAAGAGGAAAAUUAGCUGUUCCUGAAAUAGAAUAAUAAUCCUUAACAGUCUGCAAACUGACAUUAAAUUCUAGAUGUUGACGCUCACUGAAUCAGAAGGCAUAAAAAAGUAUAACUUUAUGAAAUUCAAAAUUACCCUUUUUUCAGGUUGAAACUUGCCUCUUCUACUUUAAAAAAGUAUAUAGAACAGUUACUUCUAAUAAUCAGAAAGAGAUGUUUUGUAGAACGUUUCUUUAGUAUAAAUAGAGUUAGAGAUGUCCUCGUAGGCAGUAUGGCUAUCUUUACCACAGAAACAUAAGUAAAAUUUUAGAGUUCUGUUUUCCAUGAGGUCAAAAAUACAAUUUAUUCCUCAGUCAUGGUUUUCUAAAUAUCUGUACUCCACAUUCCAUUUUAAUUGAUAUGUGGGUGUUAAAGUACCUACUUAAUGGGUUGAUUACUAUCAAAAUGACCAAAUUAUACCAAAGAACUUAAGAGGAAGCACUUUCAGAACUAUUCGCUUGCCAGGUAUUUUCUAAAAUUCCAUCUGAAAGCCAAAAGAUAAAAUAAAUAAGUUGAUUUUAAUGAUA